AUGCAUGACUGGAGAUUUGUUGUGACGUCAGCCGUGAAAGUUUGGUCUGGAGAAGCGUGUAUAGUGCUGUUAUUAUCUUCGACUGUUAGAGUGUUGAAAGAACCUGGAAGAAGUGAUAAAAAAUCAGAUAAAGCUUCAGAAGAAGUAUCUAAAAAUCUGAGUUCUAUUCGAACUAUGUUGUAUGGAAGUGGGGACCAGGAACCUCACACAGAGGUAGUGGCUCAGUUGGCUCAGGAGAUGUAUAACUCUAAUAUGUUACAACUUCUUAUUCACAAUCUAAAUAAGAUAGAUUUUGAAGGACGGAAAGAUGUUGUGGCCAUCUUCAACAACCUCUUGAGGAGACAGAUAGGUUCCAGGACACCAACAGUGGAACAUAUUUGCAUGCAUCAAGAAAUUUUAUUUGAGUUAAUGAAGGGCUAUGAACAACAAGAGAUUGCACUUAACUGUGGUAUGAUGUUGAGAGAAUGUUGUCGCUAUGAAGCCCUUGCCAAAAUAAUGCUUUAUUCUGAAGAAUUCCAUAACUUUUUUAAUUAUGUUGAAGUUUCAACAUUUGACAUAGCUUCAGAUGCCUUCUCUACUUUUAAGGAAUUACUUACAAAACACAAAAUGUUAUGUGCUGACUUUUUGGAGAAUAAUUAUGAUAGAGUGUUCCGUUCCUAUCAGUUGCUCUUAAAUUCUGAGAACUAUGUAACAAGAAGGCAAGCAUUAAAGUUAUUGGGAGAAUUGUUGUUGGAUCGACACAAUUUUACUAUUAUGACUCGUUACAUUACAAAUCCAGAUAACCUUAAGCUGAUGAUGAACAUGUUACGAGAGAAGAGCCGUAAUAUCCAGUUUGAAGCUUUUCAUGUCUUCAAAGUAUUUGUGGCAAAUCCAAAUAAACCUAAAGCCAUUCUUGACAUUUUACUCAGGAAUAAGGAGAAACUAGUGGAUUUUCUUACCAAGUUUCAUACAGACCGGUCUGAGGAUGAACAGUUCAAUGAUGAGAAAGCAUAUUUGAUAAAGCAAAUAAAAGAACUGAAAGCUGUUGAAGGUUCUUAA